CUGCAAACUCGCAAUUACCAGCCAGUGGUUAUCAUUUUUCUAACACAGUUCCUAUUGUUAGAGAUAGGUGUUUCAUUGCAAUAUGUCUUUUGGUUAUUUUGGCCAAUUACCGUUGUUGCACACUGGAGCAUCAGAUAUGGAAAGACAGUACUUUUAGAACUUAGUCCUUUCUCGUUAGUGUCAGUGGAAUUCAACCAGGAUGCCAGGACCAGCCCACUCAGAAUUAGUGCUGGACUGAAGCCUUGAUGAAUGACUUUAUGCAAUGGAGUGUGAGCUCCCAUCUCCAUAAUUCACUGAUGAACGUUCUGCUGUCAGUACUUCUGUAUGUUAAGUAAAGUUUGUUCAUCAUAAAAUGUAAUUUCUUCAAAACUAUAUUAUUUUCACAACUCUUAGGGGUAGAGUGAGAGAUUGUUUCACAUAGUAAUUUUUUUUUCCCUAGGCAGAACUGUCCUGUCCAGAGAUAUUUAGCCUGACUUUUAUGGUGCUGUGCCUAAAGAAUGUUCACAUAUUUCAAAAUUAUAAUUUGAAAUUUCUUUCUUUUAGAUUUUCAGAAAGUGUUACUUUUAGGGUAACCUGAGGCAAAACAAAGUUACAACCAACUCUAUAUGGUAGGAGUCAAGUGAUAAUGAUAUCAUAAUAUCCUCCUCUCUCUCAGGAGCCUGAUAUUGGGAAAAGUGCUGUUGGAGAAAUGUAGAGAGGUCUCAGAAUUGUUACAUGGGGGAAAACCCAAUUAUUCUGCAAAUUCCAGCAUUGCAAAUACCAGAAAUUGCAGACUUUCCAAAUAUUGGAAACACAAAGGAGAACGGAGUGGGCAAGCUUAUUUUGGCACUGAAGCAAAUGGCAUGCACAUUAUAAGAGGUUAUUAGAGAAGAUAAGUCUUGAUUCUAGGAAUUAGGCAGUAAAAUGGAUGAAAGGACAAAUAUGAGACACUUGAGUUUAAGUCUUCUUUAAUAAGAAAUACCAUAAGGCUGAAAUGAAAGUAACAGAAGAAUGUCAGUGGAGACAUUUUCCAUCCUGUAGUGCACAAGACCAAAGAAACACACUAUCUUGGUGACCAGUGUGCAAAAUUCAUUAUGCAGAUUAAGUGUACUACUGCUUCCCCCUUUUAUUAAGAGCUACCUUAGCAAUAGCAAAGGGACAGGACUGCUUGAAAGGCUUUCUAUAAGAAGGCAUGAAACAAGGUUUUACUAAGAUUGGAAUUACCUUCUUAAGAUUUUGGUAUUAGAAUGUCACAACUACUGUCACCAAGUUUGAGUUCCUGGUAACAGCCAGCAGUUUUAAGAAGCCAUGACAAAUUUAACAUCAAAGAGGUGAGAUGUGCUUCCCUUUCUAUUCCUCUCUUCUAUGUGUUUUGACUUUUCAUUUCCAUCAUUUUUAUGUUUCCUUUUUGUUUUUAGAGAGCAGAAAACAACUUUCUGCACUGGGAUAAAAGACAGUGUUGGAAUCUGGCCUUCUGUAAUCAUGUCUGUGCACUGCAACCCACUGCAAGCCAGUAACGCAAUGUUUUUUAGGCCUUGCAACUCCCAUCUCAGAUUCUUAUAGCAUGCAUGCUCGUUUUCUUCCUUGGCUGAAAGACAUGCAUGUGUUCUCACAUCUUAGCUUGUAGUACAUUUCUGUGAGUUGUGGCCUUGUGCCCAACCUGUUAAUCUGCACUGCUUAGUAAUCAUUAAACAUUACAUAUCACUUUUGUUGAGAGGAGGAGAUGGAUGUUUAUUUGUCAUUUGGAUAGUCUGCACCUAUCCAAAGAGCCAAGGUAACUGAGACAGGACUUGGUCAUUUAUAUACCUCACAAGAAUGAACGGAAAGUCAAUCUUUGUCCUCUGAUCUGUCUGCAUUUUUACAGAAGCAACAGAUCUUGUGAUCUGAAUGCGCUGACAUGCAGGAAUGGAACUCUGACCUCCAGCAGUCCCAUUCUACGCACUGAGCAGAACAGUACUUAAUUCCAGCCUGCAAAGUGCACUCAAGUAAGACUGCAGUUCUCUUCAUACACCUCGAAUACGUAAAAUCAAAAACUAAUGCUACACGUGGAUGCAUAAACCAAAUCAAAUCUCAGAUGAGAAGUAGCUUCAAAGGUCAGAGAUGUGUUAGCCUGAACUCAGCAUAAUUUUUGGAUGAGUGUUAGUUAAUUAAUAAUCUUACACAUUAUUUAAACUCAAAUCCUCAGCUAGUGCUACAUAUAUAUACAAGUUUACAGAGUAAUACAAGUGACAACACACUACCAAGCAGCAAGCUCAAGAUUCCAUAACUACCCAUUCUUACCUUGAGGAGUAUUUAGCUAAUAAUUAUCCUUUAUGCAAAUAGAGCAAUGCCUGACUGAAGACUUUCAUUCAUUCCAAUGUGCAAAAACAGAGGUGAUACACUCCUGUCAAAAAGCUAUCCAGGAACACGUAAAUGAAGUAAAUGGGACAAUGGAAAGACAACUCGAGGCUACCAGAAUGGAAAACAGCACCUCUUCCUUCUUUAUCAUGGAAAGAAAGACACAUGUGAAGAUUAAUAGGAAACAAGUCAUGCUAGCUAAGCUGAGAAAGAGCUGCUCCUGCACCCCACAGAAGCUGAAGAACUUUGUUAUGGAUUUCUUUCCUGUUCUACGAUGGCUUCCCAAGUACCAGUGCAAAGAAUACAUUUGGGGGGAUAUUAUGUCUGGGUUAGUGAUUGGGAUCAUUUUGGUGCCUCAAGCAAUUGCAUACUCACUGCUGGCAGGUCUGAAGCCCAUUUAUAGUCUUUACACGUCAUUCUUCGCCAACAUCAUCUAUUUCUUAAUGGGCACAUCCCGUCAUGUAUCAGUUGGCAUUUUCAGCUUGAUAAGCUUAAUGGUAGGACAAGUUGUGGACCGAGAACUUCUCUUGGCUGGGUUUGACUUGAAUGAUGAUGCCCCACCAGCCUUGGGUGAUGGCUCUCUGCAGAAUGACAGUCUGUCCAACACAACUGCCUUCAACCUUACAAUUGCGGGGAUAAAUGCUGAGUGCGGGAAAGAAUGCUACGCUAUCGGCAUUGCUACAGCCUUGACAUUCAUGGCUGGAGUGUAUCAGGUUCUAAUGGGGAUUUUCCGUCUGGGUUUUGUAUCUAUGUACCUGUCUGAGUCAGUACUGGACGGCUUUGCAACCGGUGCUUCCUUAACCAUUUUAACAGCUCAAGUGAAAUAUUUGAUUGGAAUAAAAAUUCCACGUAGCCAAGGGCAUGGGAUGCUUGUUAUUACCUGGAUUAACAUUUUCCGGAACAUUUCUCAGGCCAACCUUUGUGAUGUCAUCACAAGUGCCAUUUGUAUCGUGGUGCUGGUCACUGCGAAGGAACUGGGAGAUCGGUAUAAGCACAAACUGAAAUUUCCUCUUCCCACAGAGCUGGUAGUUAUUGUUGUGGCAACACUGGUGUCACACUACGGGAAGUUAAAUGAAGUCUAUGCAUCCAGUGUUUCUGGAGCUAUUCCAACAGGAUUUAUUCCUCCAGAGGUACCACAGUUCAACUUAAUGCUCCGAGUCGCCGUAGAUGCUUUGCCUCUUGCCCUAGUCAGUUUUGUCUUCACUGUGUCCCUUUCCGAAAUGUGUGCAAAGAAAUAUGCUUACACCAUCCGAGCCAAUCAGGAGAUGUUUGCUGUGGGGUUCUGCAACAUCAUCCCUUCUUUUUUCCACUCUUUUGCAACCAGUGCAGCUCUGGCAAAAACCCUCGUCAAAACAUCUACAGGCUGCCAGACUCAAGUCUCUGGAGUAAUUAGUGCAAUGGUGGUUUUGCUGGUGCUGCUCUUCCUGGCACCUCUCUUCUACUCCUUGCAGAAGUGUGUCCUGGCUUGUAUCAUUAUUGUCAGCCUCCGAGGAGCCCUGAGGAAGUUCAGAGAUGUGCCAGCACGGUACCACGUGAAUAAGGUGGACACGCUUGUUUGGGUCAUUACUGUGUCUGCCUCUGCCUUGGUCAGCACAGAAAUAGGGUUGUUGGUUGGCAUGGUUUUCUCCAUGUUAUGCAUUGUUGUUCGGACACAGCGGCCACGGACAGCCCUGCUUGGUCAGAUCCAAGACACAGGCUUUUAUGAGGAUGACUUAGAAUAUGAAAAUCUCACUACUGUUCCAAAGGUCAAAAUAUUUCGUUUUGAGGGUCCACUUUACUAUGCAAAUAAAAACUACUUCCUAAAGUCUCUGUACAGAUUGACCAACUUAGAUCCUAAUCUAGAAGCUGCUAGAAGGAAGAAAUAUGAGAAGAAGGAAAAGCAGCAUCUGCAAAAGGGAAAUCACAGAACUGCUAAUGGACUGGGCAUCGGAGAAACCACUUUGCAACUAGUUCCUAAGCAAAUCGAUUUCCAAGCCCUUGUUGUAGAUUGCUCCUCCAUCUCAUUUUUGGACACCACUGGAGUUAAUACCCUAAAGGAAAUCCUGAAAGACUACAAGAACUUAAACAUUUCUGUUCUCCUGGCUUGCUGCAAUCCCUCAGUGAUAGACUCUCUGAAAAGAGGAGGUUACUUUGGAAGAGAUUUUGGAAGUAUGCAGGAAAUGCUGUUCUACAGUAUACAUAAUGCUGUGCUGUUUGCAAAAGACCAAAAGCUUCCAGCAGAUUGCUCAGUUUAACCCUAUGGCUUCCCUGACAAUUCACCACAAAAGCAACAGAUGCAGUGGGGCAAUUUGCAAUAGGUAAAUUAUCAGACACACUAUUGGCUGUGUACAAGCCAUUCUCCCCUGAAGAGCUCCACUGCUUGUCAGAUGCCAUGUAGAACAGCCACUGAGGAUGCAGUCCAGGACAAGCAUGGAACAGGUCAGAUUUUCACCUGCACCUUCACUUUAAAAUGCAGGUGACGUGCAGUAAGGAAUUUUGGGAUUGGCUUGUCCCUUGUACCAUGAUCAUUUAUGACCCAACAUGUAUGUCAUGAGACUGUUGUACUCGUGGUCAGCCCAGUGUCACCUGGCUCUCCCAGGGGUUUAAUGACCGGUUUGUGUUAAGAGGGUUAAGCCAUUCCCAUGAAAAUGCAAUCAAUCCAGCAUCCUGGACAUGUAAUGGUUUAAAUUCUGGCUUGCAAGGCCCUGCCCCUUCCAUCAUUCCAGACGUGCUCCUAAACAACUCCCACUGUUUGCACACAAAUAAAAUGUAUAAAAUAUUGUAGCAUGUCUCUCCUCCUCGAUUACACAGGCUUAAUAGCAUAACCUGCCACAGGAGAAGAAAUUGUGAUUCAUCACAGGUUCCUCUCAAAACGACGAUUUCCAAAAAUUGCUGCUGGAGUUGGUUGUUUUAUUAGCUUAAAUCUGUGGUAAUUAGUUGCUGAAGGCUGUGAUACCCCUAAUGAUGCCGGAAGAAACAUGCUUGACGCAAGAUUUUGUAACUAGUAAGAGGAUAAACAGGAUUAGGGAAAACGAAUGGCUUUAACUGCCAGUCACACAACUACCCAGGUAGCUGUACCACCAUCCUGUAAAAAUAAGUUGCCUCUGGUGGGCAGAUGCAACUCUAAUUCAGGGAUACAUAAGGAACACCAAACAUAAAACCUCAGAACUGUGAUGCAGUACGUCACCUUCUUCCUACAAAUGCCUGCCUGGGUUCAAAGAAAAACAGGAGCAAAUAGGGUAGGGUGGGAAGGUAAAUCUGUGAGUUGCCUACAAGGGGAUUGAUAGGUCAGUCAGAACUGCCUGGCUGGUCUUCUCUAAUGCAAUGCUAAUGAAGUAUUACAAGUAACAUACCUGGGCCAAGUAAAGGGAGCAAUGCUUUGUAACUUGGGAUCCUCGUAUGUUGGAAAAAUUCCACCACUGUUUGUAUAUACUACAGAUGUUGUGGGGUUUUGUUUGUUUUGCUUUGGGUUUUUUUCUUCCCAUCAUAUUAGUCUUUGAUUUGAGGUCCACUAGACCAUGUUUUCCAGGUCUAGUCACUUUCUAUAAUAAUUUACCUUAGCUGCUGUUCAUUGUGCUUUAUGUCGUAUGAUACUACCAGUGGUAGUUGUUUUGUUAUAUAUGCAUAUUCUUUUUAUUACAAAUAAGUAUAGCUUUGGAUUUUGAUUUUAACACAGUUAGUACACAGUGUUCUGGCUCAUGGUACAGGCAGAAUAUCCUCCACUCAAGUUUAUAAUUACCUGCACAAAAGGUAGGAAAGCUGCCCUGUCUCUCUCAUUAAUCAUGGCUGGUUCAUACAGCACCAAGCACAGAAGGAAAUUCUGUCACAGCUAUGCCUCUUACAAUUAGCAGACUCUAGAAACAGAGUCCACGUAGAAGCUCUAGAAACAGAGCUUCCAAGUAUGCAGAAGCUAUUUCUUUGCUGUGACAUUAAAAAAAGAAAAGAAGUCAGGUCAACACAACAUGUGACUUGCUUGUUUCAACUUUUUAGAUCUCUGAAGGAAAGAACACUCAAACUGAGGCUCUCCAGGUGCCCCAGGCACUGUCUGGCUCUCAAGAACAAGUAUUUUGUUAAAGGAAAAGUAGUGCUUUACCAAAACAUAAAAAAAAAAAUUCAAAAAAAUAAAAAAUGUCUUCACAGGGAUUGAGAAUAGCACAGUAUUACCUGAUUCAAUACUGACAUUUUCAUGAACUCAUUACUGUUAAGAAGACCAGAGCAGUAAAACCUGCCAGAAAUGUCACAAGAUUAAAGGAUUGAUCAUUGGCAGCAUUUUCAUGUCAUCAAACAAUUCACUUAUAUUAUUAUUUAAACUGCUGACUUGGUAUGCCUAGCUUUUCUGUUCUAAAAAGAAAUGAGCAGAGCCCAAGGAAAAAAUAUUGCUUUGUGUAACCGUACUUUGAUCAGGAAAUACCUCUUUUAAGGUCCUGCUUGCGGCAAGCAUGAGGAGUUAAUACCACACAGUAUCAAUACAGACACUCUUAGGCUGCUGUGCCAAAACAAGCUGUCGUUGGAAGUCAAAUAAAACAUCCUAGCAAUCCAGACAUUUUUUAGCUUUAUGGAUCAAUCCACCAACCCAGAACAUAAAGAAAAAAAUGCAAAAAAUACCCUUAACUCUAGAGUAAUCUCAUUUUAAAAGAGGAAAAAAAAGAGGUUCUAAUGGAAGGUGUAUCCUUGCAACAGUCUCCAGAGAAAAAUGAAGACAGGUUGAGAAAUUAAGAGUCAGAAGUCUCUUCUUCAUCAUAUUUAUUGUAGGAAUGGUACAAAAGGAUACCUAAGCUAAGAAACUUGGCUACACAUAAGAGAGAGUAAGCUUUAGGACUUUUACUACAAAGAAAGAAACUAUUGAUCAGAAGAAACCACAGAAACAAUUUUCUGGUUUGGGUUUACUGGUAGAACUGGCUCACAAUCAAGCUGUGUUGGACAAUGUCACACACAGCAGGGAAACAACUUCAGUGCUAUGCUGUAGGGAUGUUGGGAGACUCUGAAUUAUUUCUAAGGAGUAUGUAAAAGUUAAUUUAAAAAGCAAACCUUUUUCUAGCACAUUUAUGUUUGCUAUACUGUGUUAUACCAAGAUGAAGGACAUGAAGACUGAAAAUUAACAAAAACUGCUGAUACUCUUCUCUCCUAAUCUACCAGAGAUUAAGUAUGGUGUCUUGCAGAGGAGCUGGGGAUGGUCUUGUAAUUCUGACUAUGUUAAUAUUAAUACUGUUGAAAUAAAGAUUGUUAUAUGCCUUUUAGGAAAUGUUAUAUGCUUCAUAUAGAAUGACUGUAUUUUUGUUCACUGUGAUGCCUUGUGAUUUAUCAUGUAUCAUGUAACAAACAGAUUUUAGUACUGCUACAUAAGAACAGAAAAGGGUUCUUAACUUGUGGACUGUGUGUGUCCCUUAGAGCUGGGCAAAGAGUUGGGAAUCUUCAGCUCAAACUGUCCUGUUGACUAGUGCAGCAUGGUAAGAAUGUGUGGUUUAGGUGUCAAAACAGCUCUGUUUAUUGGCACUGGUAACUAACAACCUGGGAACUGUCCAGUCCCUGAAAAACAUCUUAGGUUUCCCAAUAAUCAUGAAUAUUUCUAUGCCACAAGACCAAGAGACAAAUGUGUGCUUUUGGCUGGAAAAUAAAACUAGCAGUUCUUUGAAAA